AUCAUAUUAGCACAUCCGGGUCAGAGUGAGGUUGCUUCCUGUUAGCAUCCAGCUAGCUACUCAUGGUGUUGCCUUUGGUUAUCUGUUUCUGUGUUUCUCUAUUUACUUUGUCUGUCAGCGGUCAUGAUCAGGGCGGUGCUGCUGCGCAGGUUAACCUCCCAUGUGUUAUCCUGUACGAGAGGAUCACGUCUGCCCACAGGUCGGAUAUCUUAUGGUUUGCAGCCUCUAUCACCAGGUCAUACACCAGUCCAACACACCUUCCAUGGACCCCAAAUACCUAAAAUCACAGGCUUGGCCAGAUACUCAGACUUGUCCGCUCAGAAGUACACAAUGAUUUACACCCUGCCUCACAUAAAGCUCCUCAGAGCCGUAUCCAGGCUGAAACUGCUCCAAACUGCGAUCACCGUGGUCAUCUUGCCCCCAGUGUACGUUCUCUAUUUCCAGGGAGAAGUCCCUUUCUUUCUUGUCAGCUACACAACAGGGAUAGCGCUGUUUGCUGGUGUCAUGCUCUACACUGCCAGUCACUUCUUCAGGAGGGUUGUGGGAAUGAUGUACCUUGACCCGUCCCAGAACACGCUCAAAGUGUCCCAUCUGACCUUCUGGGGCAAGCGCCACGAUUUCUUCCUGCCCGUGUCGGAUGUCAUGACCAUCGGGGAUGCAGGGGACGCUGCAAAUGAAACCAUAUUGAAACUUAGGAGAUACAGCAGUCCACAGACUUUGUAUUUCUCUACUCAUUUUGGACGUGUGGUGGACCCACAGGGGUUUGAGAAAGUAUUUGGAAGUUUAAAAUGAUUAUUUGUCAAACUGUAAAGACUGUCUCCUUAGUCUCCUAAAUAUUAUGAUUAACAUAUCGGAUGUUGUGAUCUGAUUUCCAUGAAAUACAAAGCUAGAAGAUUAUACGCUGGAAGACUGUCGCUUUAAUCAUUUCUGACUGAUAAAAAUUAAAUGUUAGACAGAUAUUUAAAUGUUACUGAUCUGCUGCGUUUGCCAUAAAUCACUGGAUGAGUUAGUUUUUUAAUGACACUUGUGAUUGUACAGUAGGAAUGCACAUUUGAAGGCCUCAGCAGGACUGUGGCCUUUAGAGUAAAAUAUGCAAAGGAACUAGUGUUUGCAGUAAUAUGCUAAGAUUACUGUUGUCUGGUAACCAGUAAUUUUAAUGUGUGAAGCUGGAAAUAAGUGAAUUAAAACCUAAAAUCUUCA